AUGGAGACAGACAGCUUCAGCCAUCGCCUGGAGACCAGUGAUGGGGCAGGCGGGGCGGAGGUGGGGACCGGCCUAGGGGGGCUGGGGGCCCCAGAUGGGGCGGGUACAGACUCCGGGUGGUACCUGCCGUACCCAAUCAGCUUCCAGGUGUCCCUGACCAGCUUCCUGAUGCUGGAGCUGGUGCUGGGCUUCAGCAGCAACCUGACCGUGCUGGUGCUCUACUGCGCCCAGUCCAACCUGGUCGACUCGGUGAGCAACAUGGUGACCGUCAACCUGCACGUGCUGGACAUCAUCGUGUGCGUGCUGUGCCUGCCCCUGACCGUGGUCAUCAUCCUGCUGCCAGUCAACCGCAACCUGGCGCUGCUCUGCUGCUUCCACGAGGCCUGCGUCACCUUCAGCAGCAUCGCCACCGCCGUCAACGUGCUGGUCAUCAGCGUCGACCGCUACGACAUCUCCGUGCGUCCGGCCAACCGGCUGCUCACCCCGAGACGCGCCGCGCUGCUAUUGGCUGCCGUCUGGGCCGUCUCGUUGGCGGUGUUCUUCAUCCCCUUCCUGGAGGUGGAGUUCUUCUCCGGGCCGGAGGGGGGCCCUGACGACCCCGCCCUGGGGCCUGUGUGGCGGAACCGGACGCUGCUGUGCGUGGGGGGCCAGGGCUACCACACGGGGGUCUCCAUGUACUACCACCUCCUCCUGCAGGUGCCGGCCUUCUUCACCGCCAUGGCCGUCAUGCUGUUCACCUACUCCAGGAUCCUGCGGGCCCUCAACAUCCGCAUCGGCUCCCACCUGAAGAAGGGCCCACGCUUCGGGGGCCAGGGCUGCAGGGGCCACCGCAGGAAGCGCAAAACGAAGGGCCCCGGGGCGGCGGGGGAGGAAGGGGAGCUGAUAAAGCCGCUCUCUCACCCCCCGCUCAUCCCCUCCCCCACGCCCACCCCCACCCCCACUGCCACCUCUCCCCCGCCCCUGUCCUCCGCCCCUCUGAUCGGGCCCCACAGGGCCCCGGCCGGCGUUCAGGCGUCCGUGUCGGCCAUCAUCGCCCUGCGGAGGGCCGUGAGGAGGCACCGGGACCGGCGGGAGAGGCAGCGGCGUGUCUUCAAGAUGUCGCUCGUCAUCAUCUCCACCUUCCUGGGCUGCUGGGCGCCCAUCUCCGUGGUGAACGUCCUGGUCCUAAGCCUGGGCCCCAGCGACUGGCUGGUGCGGCUGAGGCUCUGCUUCCUGGCGCUGGCGUACGGCACCACCGUCUUCCACCCGCUGCUCUACGCCUUCGCGCGGCAGAAGCUGCGGCGGGCGCUGCGGAGCAAGGUGAAGAAGCGUGUGGUGUCGCUGCUGCAGGUGGACCCGGCCCCCGGUGGCACCGUCAUACACAACUCCUGGGUGGAGCCGCGGAAGGGCCGCAAGACCCGACAGGAGGCCAGCGACGGCACGGACCGCUGCCUCACGGAGGCCGUGCGAGAGUGA